AUGCAGACAUCGCCAUGUGGGCACCGGGUGGUGUGCCGCAAGUGCUUCGUCAAGACCAUCCAGAUGGCGGUCUCGCAGCGCCUGCUGCCGCUGCGCUGCGUCAUCUGCAGGGCCAAGAUCCUGCGCCUCAAGCAGAGCGGCGGUGGUGGCGGGGGCGGCGCCGGCUCGCUGCACCACCAUCACCACCACCACCCGCACCACCCCCAUCAGCAGCCGCAGCAGCAGCACCCCGCGGCCUACGGCGCCGGCCUGCCCUGGGGCGUCAUGCCCAGCUCCGCGUCACAGUACUCCGUCGGCAGCUCCGUGCCCAACUCCGAGUCGCUCUACUCCAUGACAUCGGGCUCGUCUUCCCUCUCAGGUGUGUCUUCCGUGAGCUCUGCGACGACGAGUAGCGCAGGCAGCAGCGGCAGUGGCGUGGCGGCGGCGGCGCGCGUGGGGCUCGGCUUCCCGCGGCAGCCCACCGGAUCCUUGCGGCGCUCGCAGGCGCACUCCAUGAAGCUGCGACUGCAGGAUUACAAAGAGCCCGCGGCGCGCCCGGUCCGUGAGCCCGAGCACCGCCUGCCGCCCAUCAAGGAGUUCCAGCGGGAGUUCCGCGCCUGCAAGGAGCGCACCGCCUCCUCCUCCUCAACCAGGAUACGAUGCGCACAAAAAAUUGUCACUCAGUUGGAGACUACACCUGUGAAUAGAACCUCAAAGUCUAGUUAUUUCCGUUCACCUCUGAAACCUGCAAAUAAGGAGGACAAAAGGAGAAGUGAAAAGUGGAAAGAUGAAAGGAAAAAAGAAGACCGAAAAGACAAUGAAGAAAAUUUGGAAAACAAGAAGAAGGAAGAAAAGAUGAAUAAGAAGGCAGAGAAGAAAGAAGCAAAGCUGGAGAAGAAAGCAGAUAAGAAAGAGGAGAAAAAAGAAGCUAAAGCUGAGAAGAAGGAAAAGACAGAAAAGAAAGAAAAUAAAAAGGAAGCUAAGGCUGAAGCAAAGGAAAGCAAGAAGGCAGCAAAGGCAGAAAAGAAGAAAGAAAAAUCCAAGGCAGAGAAAAAAGAAAAAGAUUAGUUACAAAAUAGAUUAAAGAAAGACUUUUGAAUUUUAGAGAUAGAUAUUCGAGUGAGUAAUUUACUUGUAUAUGAAUUUUUACAUCUAGUUUUAUUUUUAAUGACUAAUGCUCAUAUGUAUUGAAAAACCUCCUUAUCAGUCUAAAUCCCAUAGACGAAACAGCAUCAGGAAAGAUUUACUUCAAUAUAAGGUCAUUUUAUAAUAGUCAGGAAACAAUUUUAUCAGAAGUUUUGCACAAG